CUAGAGACGACGAGAUAUCUUUCUUUUUAUCUGAGCGCAUUUUUACAAUGUCCUUUUGGCUAAUUUCAUGCUGCGAUUUGGCUGUUUUCAUAAGUUUUCCACCUAGCAACCUUGUAAACAAUAACUUCUUUUGCCGGAUUAUGGAGCUGUGCUCUAACUAUCGUUCCCAAUUACAAUCGUCAGAUAGUGAUUCUGAUGGAAGUGAGAAAGAGCCGGCAGUUUGGAAAAGGGCUCCUAAAAAACAAUCCAACAAUUCUGAAAGAGCUACGGGAUUCACUCAAAUAAAGGAAUCACCUGAUAAGAAAGAUGAUCAAAGUACUGAAUUGAACACUAAAACUUCUCUUAAAAGAAAGAGAAAUAAUAUAUGGUGUGAGGUUUUGGAAGAUCAGAUAAUGUCAGAAACUUUGAAUCAUUGUGGUCUGAAAAAUAAGCCAAAAAACUAUAAGGCUCGUGGUGAAGAAAGCUAUGAUUAUACGCUCAAGUAUCAAGACCCUAGAAAUGUCAAAGACUUAGAAAGGCGCAUGUCAACGGAUGAAAUGUCGGAAUCUUCUGAUGAUAAUAAUAGCAUUUCUUCAGAUUCCCACAGACACAAACGGAAAAAGGUUCGAAGAAUGGAUGUUGAAAAGGACUAUUCAGAAGGUGGCUCAAAAAGUAGUUUCAAAUAUAAAAAAAAUCUCUUGCGAACUGAAGAGUUUGUGAGGUUAACUAAAGAAGAAAUAGAAACUGCUAGGAAGAUAAUUAAAAUUUUAAAUGAAAAGAAACAGUACAUUAUAUAUCGAGUGGUCAAAAUCCUUGGAAUUGAAAAAGCACUAAACCUUUUGAAAAUGACUGAACAAGUUGAAGAAAGUGGAGGCAUGAUGAUAAUGAAUCAGGCACGAAGGAGAACACCAGGUGGAGUCUAUUUCCAGCUGCUCAAAAAUGACAAGGAUGUCACACAGGAAAUGCUUGACAAAAUUUUUGAAGGGGAAAUGUCAGCUAUAGACCUAAAGAAGCACUUCGCAGAACGCAAGAAACAAAAAGCAGAGGCAAAAAAAUUGCGAAUGGAAAAGAAGUUACUAGAAAAUGCAAUUUCUCAAACAUCUGAAAAUAAAGAGAGAAGUGGUGAACAUGAAUCAACCGAAAUGGAGGUCACAGGGCUACUUGAAGAACCAAAUGGAAUAAGUAAUGAGGGAGAAACAAAAGCUGCUGAAAUAGAAGAUGGAGAAAUCCCUAAUUGAUUUGCAGUAAAAUGAUUCAUCUAUGUACAGUGUUUUAAGCCAUUUUCUGAAUUGAAAGUGUAAAGCUCAUUAUUUGUAAUUGUUAUUCAUUAUAUGUGAAAUAA